AUGUCUAUUAUCUGCGGCUUGCCCCUCCUCGAGUGUGUGUACUGCCUAGCCUGCGCCCGUUGGGCCUGGAAACGCUGCCUGCACACAGCGGGCCACGACAGCGAGACGUGGGCCCAGGCCACGCCCGAGGAGUUCGAGCCGGUUCCCAGGCUCUGCCGCUAUAUACUCGCCGUGUACGAAGAUGACUUACGAAAUCCACUUUGGGAGCCUCCUCGUGGCUAUGGCAUCGACCCGGACUGCUUGAUCCUCAAAAAGAAUUAUGAGGAAACACACGGGCUAGCGCCGCCCUAUCUGGUCUACCUAGACCACGCGCAUGCCGACAUAGUUUUUGCCAUUAGAGGUCUUAACCUGGCUAAGGAGAGUGAUUAUGCGGUUUUGCUCGAUAACAAGCUCGGGAAGAGGAAAUUCGAUGGGGGGUAUGUUCACAAUGGGCUUUUGAAGGCGGCGGGCUGUGUGUUGAAUGCCGAGUGCGAUGUUUUGAGGGAGUUGGUCGAGAAGUACCCGAGUUAUACUCUGACCUUCACGGGGCACUCGUUGGGGUCCGGUGUGGCUGCUUUAUUGACAAUGGUGGUGGUGCAAAAUCGGGAUAGGUUGGGGAACAUCGAUCGGAGAAGGGUGAGAUGCUACGCUAUUGCGCCUGCCAGGUGUAUGUCGCUUAACCUGGCGGUUAGGUAUGCAGAUGUUAUCAACUCUGUCGUUCUUCAGGAUGACUUUUUGCCCCGAACAGCUACCCCUUUGGAAGAUAUAUUCAAGUCUCUUUUCUGUUUACCUUGCAUAUUAUGCCUGAGAUGUGUGAGGGAUACAUUCAUAUCCGAAGACAAAUUUCUUAAAGAUCCGAGAAGAUUAUAUGCUCCUGGCCGCCUUUAUCACAUAGUCGAGAGAAAACCUUUCAGAUGUGGAAGAUUUCCUCCCGUGGUGAAGACAGCUGUGCCGGUAGACGGGAGGUUUGAGCAUAUAGUUCUCUCUUGUAAUGCGACCUCCGAUCACGCCAUAAUCUGGAUCGAGAGAGAAGCCGAACGAGCUCUAGAAUUGAUGCAAGAGAAAGAUGACACGUUGGAAAUCCCGGCAAAACAAAGGAUGGAACGCCAAGAAUCUUUAGCCAAAGAGCACGUUGAGGAGUACAGAGCAGCCCUACGCCGGGCGGUGACUUUAGCAGUGCCCCACGCCUUUUCUCCCUCCAAAUAUGGCACGUUUGACGAGACGGACGACGAGGACUCACAACAUUCGGGUGGAGAUUGCUCCAUUGGAUCGUCGGCCCACAACAAGAGAUGUGAAAACUGGGACGAAAUAAUCGAGCGCCUUUUCGAGAGAGAUGAGUCGGGUAAUAUGGUGCUCAAGAAAUCUAUAGUUGUUCGUUGA